GCUCCCAAAAUGAAAAGAGAUGGUGAUGAAGAUGAAUAAACCCUAGUCUAAAAUAUGGAAUGAGAAGAAAUGGGGGAGCUCCCUUAACAACUGGAGCUAGGGGAGUAUAUAUAGAGUAGAAGAAAUUGGGAGUGAAAUGACCAAUAAUGAUUUAACUAAAACCAGAAAUAGGAGUAGAAUUUAAGGGUAAAUGGGUCAAUUUACACGCCAAAUUGGAUCUGGGUUUGCUCUUGCUGGUCCUCGCUGGUUUGGACUCGGUGCAAUCAACGGAAAGAGGGAGUCAGCUGCCAGUAAUGCUCGUCGCCGGAGCAGAGGGAAGCCCUGGUCGGAGCCUCGCAGGUUGUCGCCGGUGGUUCGUCAGUUUGUCCGGGUCGGGUCGCUAGUUCUGGAAAUCUCCCCAUGCUGCUGCCCGUCGCUUGGCCUGGAGGCUCGCCGGAGGUCGCCGUUCUCACCUCUGCUCUUCGCCGUCGGAAACUCGUCGUCGCCGCUGGAGGAUGCUGGGGAAGAGGUGCCGAUGAAGAAGGUUGGAGACAAGUUAAUCCCCAAGACCGAAGAUGAAUUUGAUACCGAGGACAUAAAGAAAGUAGAAAUUUAUGCCAAGACCAUCAAUAUGAUCUACUGUGUGGUCAAUUCCGAUGACUACAAAAGAUCUCGUGUUGUUCAACCACAAAGGAAAUGUGGGACAAACUGGAGGAUGAAAGAGCAAAAGAAGAUUGACGAUAUGUUUGACUGGUUUUCCAAGAUAGUCAACGAUCUUCAUGCCUUGAAGAAAACUUACACCGACAAGGAUCUUGUAAGAAAGAUCCUAUGGAGCUUGACAUCCGAAUGGUGUUCCAAGGCCGAUGCCAUCUAUGAGUCAAUUGGCGCAUCCAAUAUCAACAUCGACGGCUUAAGAGGUAAUCUAAAAACCUAUGAAUCUGCUAUACUUAACCCGUCUCUGAAUGAUCAAAGGAAAGGCAUAGUGCUAAAAGUCGUCAAAGAGCCGACGGUGAAUUACUCAAGCGAUGACGAUGAGAUCAAGCUUGUCAUGAAGAAGUUCUGUAAACUUUUAAGGAAGAAAGAAAAGGUUGAGGAUGGCCCUGUGUGCUAUGGAUGUGGAGAAGUCGGGCACAUCAAGAACAAGUGCCCUAAAGGCCAAAGGAAUGCACGCCGCUUCAAAAAGAAAAGGGCAUACAUACCCUUGGGAGGAGAUUCCGGAGAUGAAAGCAGCGAGGAAGAAGAGGAAUAAGAAGCAAACAUAUGUCUUAUGGCACACGAGGAAGACUCACCAACGACCUCCGACAAUAAAGAGGUAUGUACCACUCCCUCUAAACCCUACUCUUUUGAGGAAAUAUGCAAGAUGCACUACAAGAACUCUAUCAAGAGUUUGUCGGAGCUUCUAAAUUGAAUAAAUCCUUAAAGAAACGUUUCUCUAUUCU